AUGGCUUCAAUGAGGGCAGAAACGACCGAGGCCCUCGAAAGGAGCCUGUCAAGCGGUCCCUUCAUUAAUACUAGGUUCAACGUCUUCUCGAGCCGGCGUAAAGUAGGUGGGGGACAGCGCUUGUGUCAUCCCUUGCCGUUGUAUGCGGCCUCGGCGACAUUAAAUCGUUUGGAGCUCGAGAAUAGCAACUACGGAGACGUCAGCAACAUUAAGCGAAUGACGCUCUGUGACAUUAUAUCCGCCAGGAUAACUGAACGCGCCUUCUUUGAUGUCGAUGACGAGUACGAAGAAGACAGCGACUUUGACGGGGACGAAGGGAGCCUUAUAGAGGAAGAAGCAGAGGAAUCCUGCAGCGCCUCCAAGGCAGACUGUAGUGACGCGCCAACCUCUGCUAAGUCUUCCGGAAUCUCGAAGAACACGUACGAUGAUAUCGUCUCAGGAUGCAUUCCAGCGACCCCGAGUACCUUUGUAGUCACGGGUUUCGCUUACAGGACAUGGAAAGCGUUCCUAUUUUACGCUUACACUGGUCAAGUUAAUUUCUCUCCUCUCACUUCCAACCCGCACAAAUAUGACGAAAAGACCGACGAUCAUGGCUCUGGCCACAACGAUAUUAAAACAAGGUGUCCUCCGUGCUCUCCCAAAUCUAUGUAUCGCCUCGCCGAUAAAAUUCAGAUAGGGCCGCUGAAAAAACUUGCGUUUGAAGAGAUAUGCAAGAACCUCAACAAGGACAAUAUCCUGCAGGAGGUCUUGUCCAAGUUUACCGCUGCGCAUCCGGAGAUACGAGAAGUGGAAACGCGCGUCUUGAUGGGCUGCCGCAGAGAAAGCGGGGUUAUGGAUGCCUUUCCAAAGAAGAUAGCGCAGAUGAUGCGAGGUGAGAUACCGCACUGCGAGGAAGUGCUCGCCACCGUCAUGAUGACUUUGUGGAACACGUCGUAA